ACCUGGGUAUCCAGCAUUAUCCGUCCCUUGCUACCACGCUGUGGAAAUGGAAAGGGUCGGGCUAGGAGGAACGCCACCGUUUGAGGUGCUGGCGCUGUUUGUCGCCUAUGCACCGAAUAAUUGGAAAGUUGGGCAGUUUUGGUGUAACUCGUCGAGCUUGGCCAUCACCAUAAUCCUUGUAUAGAACCAGGUCUGGAGGAUCUGAUCUGCAGGCUGACCCUAGCUGAGGUUGAGAUGCCUGCUAUGGCCAUCCCUGAUCGUGAGCUGAGGAGUUGCAAUAUAUAUGAGGCAUGGCCACAAGUUCGUGAUGCUUUCCCUCUUCUCUCUUCACCUUCAUUCUUCCUCACCACGGUGUUUUCGAGUUAUACUGUGACUCUUUCUCUUCUUUUCACUUAUUCAUUCCUUCAUUGAUUGAAAGACAUUCCUUACUGCUUCUUCAAGCAUAUACGCUCCCUUUUCACGACAUCAAUCAACGACUUCAACCCUAGCGGUUUUAUAGCAGAACUGGCUUUCUGCUCUCCUUCACUUGUGUUUAUCGAAACGAUUUUCUUUUGAACUAUCCAUCAUGAAGCUUCUUGCUACUGUUCUCGGCCUCGCUACUGCUGCGAAUGCCCACACCCUCUUCACUACUCUUUUCAUCGAUGGCGAGAACCAGGGCGACGGUACCUGUGUUCGUCAGCCUAAGGAUGCCUCCAAGGCCAACAGCCCCAUCUACCCCAUUACUGGAGGUGUCAUGGCCUGCGGUGAAAAUGGUGACAAGCCAGUCAAGUUCACCUGCCCGGCUCCCGGCGGUGCUCAACUGACCUUCCAAUUCCGUGAAUCCCCCAGCUACUCCCACCCUGGUGCCAUUGCCGAAGGUCACAAAGGCCCUUGCUCCGUCUACAUGAAGAAGGUCGAUGAUAUGAACUCGGACUCUGCUGCUGGUGAUGGUUGGUUCAAGGUCUGGGAAGAUGGCUACAACGUCAAGGAGGACAAGUGGUGUACCGACACUCUCCGAUCCAACGGUGGUCUUCUUUCAGUUGACCUCCCCACUGGUCUCCCUGCCGGUUACUACCUCGUCCGCCCCGAGGUCCUGGCCCUCCACAACGCUCCCUCAGGUGACCCUCAGUUCUACCACAGCUGUGCCCAGAUCUUCAUCGAAAAUGGUCCUGAAGGUCCUCUUGAGAUCCCUGAGAAGUACGAAGUCAGCAUUCCAGGCUAUGUUGACAAGAAGGACCCCGGUGUCACCUACAACAUCUACAGCGACAAGGGUGAAUACCCUAUUCCUGGACCUGAGGUUUGGAACCCUACCUCUAAAGAGACUGGCACCAAGCAGACCCAGAAGGAUGGUCUUGUCCCCAAGGACUGCCUUGCCAAGAACGCCAACUGGUGCGGCAAGCCUCUUGCGAAGUACUCCGGACAAGACAACUGCUGGGCUGCGGCCAAGAAGUGCUGGGAUAUUGUUGGUGACUGCUGGGACAACGCUCCCCCUACUGGCGGCAAGGGUUGUGAUACCUGGAAUGACUACUGCAAGGAGAUCAACGCCGCUUGCAAAGCCAAGGACUUUGAGGGCCCUCCUAACUUCACUGGCAAGGAGUACUUUGCCGAGGCUCCUGGUCCUAUUCCUGCUCCCUAUGGCGACUUUGAGGGUAGUGAUCUAGCCACCGAUGGCAAGAACUCCAACUCCAACGACAAGCCUGCUAGCAAGGAGACCUACGCUGCUCCAUCAAAGACAUCUCAGGCUGCCGCCGCUACGACUGAGGCCUCGAAGCCUGCUGAGAAUACUGAGGCCACCCAAGAGACAGCGACCCGCAAGUGGGACAAGUAUGAGAAGAACACCAAGUACAAGGACACUCCUGUUAUCAAGUACCCCAUGCCAGUUCAGACAAGCGAACCUACCCAAGAGGGAAGCUCUGGACUCAAGGUUUCUGAGGACGGCCGCUGCGGCGGUGAGACUGGACAAACUUGUGAGGGCAGCAAGUUUGGUGACUGCUGCUCUCGCGGAGGCAAAUGUGGUCGCAAGGCCAAGCAGUGUGAGUGUGGUUGCCAGAAUGCAUUUGGCAUUUGCAAGAAGUAAACAACAAGUUAUGAUGGGGAUUGUGGUUUGAGAUUCUUCACUUCUUUUUAUGUACUUUUGGAUGGAUGAAUGAUUGAACAGCUGAAGGUUCACUUGGCUCGGUUGACCAUGUUCAACGAGGUCAUUUGGAAGCAUCUAUGAGAAAUCAAUUAAAUUACUCUUAUGACGCA